AUGAGUCCUGUCAGAGUUUGUCUUUGCCUGCUGGGCUUCAUCACUUAUGCAUCAGGUCAGAUGCCUGGUGGGAGAGGAGGCGACUUCUCACCCCAGAUGCUAACCGAGAUGAAGGAAACCAACAAGGCGCUGAGAGAAAUCAGAGAGCUGCUAAAACAGCAGGUCAAAGAGAUCACCUUCUUGAAAAACACUGUGAUGGAGUGUGAUGCCUGCGGGAUGAACACCGGAGCGAUUGGCCCUCCGAUCAGUCUGACGGCUCUGAACCGCUGUUCUCCAAACCCGUGCUUCCCAGGAGUCACCUGCACCAGGACACCAACCGGCUUCCAGUGUGGGUCCUGCCCCCUGGGUUACACAGGCAAUGGGACUCACUGCACUGACAUCAAUGAGUGCACAGCCAACCCGUGCUUCCCCAGUGUUCGCUGCAUCAACACAGCCCCUGGUUUUCACUGUGAGUCGUGUCCACCUGGCUAUAGAGGACCGGCGCUGGAAGGAGUUGGUUUGGCAUUUGCCAGGGCCAAGAAGCAGGUCUGUAAUGAUAUCAACGAAUGUGAGGAAGGGACCACCAGAAUCUGCGUGCCAAAUUCCAUCUGCAUUAACACCCCGGGAUCCUACAAAUGUGGGGGGUGCAAGAGCGGCUUCGUAGGGGACCAGAUUUCUGGCUGCCGGCCCAAGACCACGCGACGUUGCCCCAACGGUAAAUUGAGUCCUUGUCAUGAGAAAGCAGAGUGCAUUGUUCAGCGUGAUGGGACUCUCCUCUGCCGGUGCAUCGUCGGGUGGGCAGGAAAUGGCUACAUUUGUGGACGGGACACCGACAUUGAUGGAUUUCCUGAUGAGAAGCUUCGUUGCACUGAUGAAAAAUGUCGCAAGGAUAACUGUGUGAUGGUUCCCAACUCUGGCCAAGAAGAUGCUGACAGGGACGGGAUCGGUGAUGCCUGUGACGAUGACGCAGAUGGAGAUGGGAUAAGAAACUCAGAGGACAACUGUGUGUUUGUACCCAACGCAGAUCAGCGCAAUGCAGACCAGGACAAUUUGGGGGAUGCUUGUGACAAUUGCCAGAACAUCAAGAACAAUGACCAGCAGGACAGUGAUGGCGAUGGUUGGGGGGACCUGUGUGACAACGAUAUGGAUGGGGACCGAAUUAAAAAUGUUGUGGACAACUGUGUGAGGGUCCCUAACACAGACCAGCGGGACAGCGAUGGGGACGGAGUAGGAGAUGUGUGUGACAGCUGCCCCUUCAUCCGUAACCCAGAUCAGAAAGAUACUGACCACGAUCUCGUCGGUGACCCCUGUGACACCAACCAGGACCAAGAUGGAGACGGGCACCAGGAUUCCCACGACAACUGUCCUUCGGUGCCCAACAGCUCCCAGCUGGACUCUGACCGGGAUGGAGUUGGAGAUGAGUGUGAUGAUGAUGAUGAUAACGAUGGCAUCCCAGAUCGUAAGGCCCCGGGGCCUGACAACUGUCGUUUGGUCCCCAAUCCUGGCCAGCAGGACACAAAUCGAGAUGGCAUUGGGGAUGCUUGUCAGGAUGACUUUGACAAGGACCUGGUGAUUGACCGGAUUGAUGUUUGCCCCGAAAACGCUCAGGUGACGCUGACCGACUUCCGGGCCUUUCAGACAGUAGUGUUGGACCCCGAAGGUGAUGCACAGAUAGACCCCAACUGGAUUGUCCUCAACCAGGGCAUGGAGAUUGUUCAGACCAUGAACAGCGACCCGGGUUUGGCUGUGGGGUACACCGCAUUCAAUGGGGUGGACUUUGAGGGCACCUUCCAUGUGAACACGGCCACAGAUGACGACUAUGUGGGGUUCAUCUUUGGCUACCAGGACAGCUCCAGCUUCUAUGUGGUGAUGUGGAAGCAGAUGGAACAAACCUACUGGCAAGCCAAUCCAUUCCGAGCUGUGGCAGAACCUGGCAUCCAACUCAAGGCAGUGAAAUCAAAGACCGGCCCUGGGGAAUACCUGCGUAACUCACUCUGGCACACCGGGGACACAGCCGGCCAGGUGAAGCUGCUGUGGAAAGACCCCCGGAAUGUCGGCUGGAAAGAUAAGACUUCCUACCGCUGGUUCUUACAGCACCGGCCCCAGGUGGGCUACAUCCGAGCUCGGUUCUAUGAGGGGUCCGAGGUGGUGGCAGACACCGGCGUUGUCCUUGACACAACCAUGCGAGGGGGCCGUCUGGGGGUCUUCUGCUUCUCCCAGGAAAACAUCAUCUGGUCCAACCUGCGGUAUCGCUGCAAUGACACGAUUCCUGAAGACUACAAGUCUUACCGGAACCAGCACGACUACUAAAUGCCACUGCCGCUGCCUGGAAAAAUUGGCCUGAGAGAGACUGGUCGCACCUCUGCCACACGCACUGCUUUCGCUCCCUUCAAGAUACAGCAAAUUGAGGACUGUCCCGAUACUUGGCGAGCUUCAUUUCCAUCAGCCACCGUGGCAUCCCCGACCCCUCCUAAAACCGGCCUCCCCCCCGAGUUACCCAAGUUGAGGCCUGCUUCGCCAUGCACCCCGCGAGCCCUUAUCGCUCUGCAAUUGCGCAGAAGAGCUGUUUGUGCUCUGUGGCAGCUGCUAGCAAGUCCAAGAGGGCGUACGUAACAAAAGGCUCCUGGAAAGCUGAAGUGUCACCAGCAGAGAAGUUGUUUCCUUGGGCAUCCUCCACCGGAUGGUCUCCUGCCCUUGGAGUCUG